UAGUUUUUAAGCAUCAAGGCGAGCAUCUUCAUGCCGCCUCUUUGUACAAAAAUAUCAGCAAAAGAUAUACCUAUAUUUAUAGAUAUUUCUGCUGGAACUGGAAUCAAUUGUUUGGAACCAGAUGGAGGGGAAUUCAGGUUCUGGCCCAAAAACACCAUUGUUGAUGGGUGAAGGAAGAAGAAGCAGGAGACUGAGUAGAAGGAAUUCAGUGAACUCGCUGAGGUCUAAUUUUGUGGCAAAAUUGCCUGAUAAGGUAAGAUCUGGCCUGGAUACUGAGUCCCCUUAUCAGAUCAAUUUAUCCAAAACAACAGGCUUAACAGAAGGGGAAAAGGAAUAUUAUGAAAAGCAAAUGGAUACGCUGAAAUCCUUUGAGGAUGUUGAUAUUCUAAUGGGAAAUGACAAAGACAAUGAGGAUGAUGAUGAAGAGCAAGCUCGACAUGAAAAGGCUAUGAAGAUAUCUAACUAUGCAAACAUAGUAUUGCUGGCAUUUAAGAUAUAUGCUACUAUAAAGACUGGAUCUUUGGCCAUAGCAGCGUCGACGCUGGAUUCUCUGCUUGAUCUUAUGGCUGGUGGCAUUCUUUGGUUCACUCACUUGUCAAUGAAAAAAAUAAAUAUCUACAAGUAUCCUAUUGGAAAAUUGAGGGUGCAGCCAGUGGGGAUAGUUAUCUUUGCUGCUAUCAUGGCUACACUUGGGUUUCAGAUUUUGAUACAGGCCGUCGAACAACUAAUUCAACACAAACCUACUGAGAAAAUGUCUUCUAAUCAGUUAUUGUGGUUAUAUGCAAUAAUGCUAAGUGCAACGGCAGUAAAGCUUGCCCUUUGGUUAUACUGCAGAAGUUCAAGAAAUGAGAUUGUCCGUGCCUAUGCAAAGGAUCACUAUUUCGAUGUAGUAACGAAUAUAGUAGGAUUGAUUGCAGCCGUUCUUGGCAAUAAGUUCUACUGGUGGAUCGACCCUGCAGGUGCCAUCCUCCUUGCAGUUUACACAAUUAUAAAUUGGUCUGGAACUGUUGUGGAAAACGCAGUUUCACUUGUUGGACAAUCUGCACCUCCUGAAUUCCUGCAGAAGUUGACAUAUCUUGUUAUCAGGCAUCCUCUAGUCCAGCGCAUUGAGAUGAUCCGAGCCUACACCUUUGGUGUUCUUUAUUUUGUAGAGGUAGAUAUUGAACUCCCGGAAGAACUGCCACUAAAGGAAGCACAUGUUAUUGGUGAGACUUUGCAAAAUAAGAUUGAGAAAUUGACCGAGGUUGAGAGAGCAUUUGUUCAUCUUGAUUUCGAAUGUGACCAUAAACCAGAACAUAUAGUUCUAAGCAAGCUGCCUGGCAAUGAUCCUUGACUUUUGGAGCUCCUCCCAUGCAUCCUUGCCCUUAUUUCUACUUUUUCCUACUUGUUUCCGUAGUCACCUAUGUUGCAAAGCAAUGCUACUUUCGGAGUAUGGAUGAUUGUAAUUUACAUCAGGCUUGUAGAAUCACUAUUAUUUUUGUGGGUUUUUUUGUAAAUUUAUUUAGUUUUUGGAGUUGAAACAAGUAAUUUGUAUUCUCUGGUCAGAGGCUGUUACAGAGCCUUUGAAUUUGCUGUUAAUCAGAGGACUAAUUAAGCCAA